UGUCAAGCGUCAGCAAACCAGGACGUGUCUCCCCACUGAAUUACCCUUCGUACCUUCGUAUCGGUUUCCCUUCCUGAAAUGAAGCAAAAUGAUGAUGUGUGACCGAGGAGUUCAAAUGCUAAUCACCACUGUGGGGGCUUUCGCCGCGUUUAGUCUGAUGACAAUCGCGGUGGGAACGGACUACUGGCUGUAUUCAAGAGGGGUGUGUAGGACCAAAUCAGCCAACGACAACGACACCAGUAAGAAGAAUGAAGAAGUGAUGACCCACUCGGGGCUGUGGAGAACCUGCUGUCUUGAAGGGACAUUUCGUGGUGUCUGCAAGAAGAUUGAUCACUUUCCUGAAGAUGCGGACUAUGACCAGGAUGCAGCAGAGUACUUACUGCGUGCCGUGCGAGCCUCCAGCAUCUUCCCCAUCAUGAGCGUGGGUCUGCUCUUCAUGGGUGGCCUCUGUGUGGCCGCCAGUGAGUUCUACCGCAAUCGCCACAACGUCAUCCUCAGCGCAGGGAUCUUCUUCGUCUCUGCCGGCCUGAGCAACAUCAUCGGGAUCAUCGUGUACAUCUCGGCGAACUCGGGCGACCCGGGCCAGAGCGACUCCAAGAAGGGCUACUCGUACGGCUGGAGCUUCUACUUCGGCGCGCUCUCCUUCAUCAUGGCCGAGAUGGUGGGCGUGCUGGCCGUGCACAUGUUCAUCGAGAAGCACCGCAAGCUGCGCGCCAAGUCCCGCACCGAGCUCAUCAAGAAGUCGUCCUCGGUGUCGGCGUUCGGCCGCAUCCCCAGCUACCGCUACCGCUUCCGCCGCCGCUCCAGCUGCCGCAGCAGCGAGCCGGCCUCGCGCGACGCCUCGCCCAUCGGCAAGGGCGGCUACACGGGGCCCGCCGCCGCCGACAUCUCCAUGUACACGCUGUCGCGGGACCCCAGCAAGUCGGCCAUGGGCGCGCUGCUCAACUCCGAGCGCGAGUUCCUGCAGCAGCAGGCGGCCGCCGCCGCGCACAACUCCAACUCCAAGGACUUCAAGGACGCCGCCAACAGGAGGACCACCCCUGUUUGA